AGUUGCCAAGCUGGACGAGUCGGCCUCUGACCGGUGGAGAACAGAUCUAGACACAUCCGUCCACCGUGAGUCCACUCAGGAGGAGCAGUAUGUAGCGGAAGGAACAGAAGAACCUAAAGCUCUGCCUCCACACGCCGCCUACCGGGACGCAGAAACCAUCACAGAUGUGUGUAAUAGUACUGAUCUCCCGGAGGUGGAGAUUAUCAGCUUGCUGGAGGAGAAGUUGCCGGUUUACAGGCUGAGAGCCGACUGUGUUUAUGGAUAUGAUCACGACGACUGGCUGCAUACGCCGCUCAUCUCUCCGGACACGCGCAUUGACCUGACCGCCGAGCAGAUCGAAGAGACCCUCAACUACUUCCUGCUAUGUGCUGAACGAGUGGGCCAGAUGACUAAGACCUACAAUGACAUCGAUGCCAUCACCAGACUUCUGGAGGAGAAAGAGCGAGACCUGGAACUGGCAGCCCGGAUUGGGCAGUCACUCCUGAAGAGGAACCGGGCCUUGUCUGAGCAAAACGAGUACCUGGAGGAACAAGUGGGAACCAUCAAAGAGGAGGUGGCUCAGCUCCAUCAUGAGUUAAAUCUGAAAGAUGAGCUUUUGCAGUUCUACACUAACGCUGCGGAGGAGAGUGAGGAGGAGGCAACAUCUCCAUCAUCCUCGGGUCAGAGGAGCAGGGUGGUGGGGACGAUCUCCAGUGGAUCCUCACUGGACUUCCUGCAGAGGAAGCUGAGAGACUUGGAGGAGGAGAACAUCUCUCUCCGAUCAGAGGCGUGUCACUUGAAGUCGGAGACAGAGACGUACGAGGAAAAAGAGCAGCAGCUGGUGAACGACUGUGUUCAGGAGCUCAGGCAGUCCAGUCUCCAGAUCUCAACCAUAGCAGAGGAGCUGGCCAGAAAGACUGAAGACGCCUCUCGGCAGCAGGAGGAAAUCACACAUUUACUCUCUCAGAUCGUUGACUUACAGAAAAAAGCCAAAACUUAUGCGGUGGAGAACGAGGAGCUGUCUCAGCAUCUCGGAGCAGCUAAAGACGCCCAGCGGCAGCUCACAGCCGAGCUCCAGGAGCUGGAGGAGAAAUACUCAGAGUGCAUCGAAAUGCUGCAUGAAGCUCAGGAGGAGCUGAAGAACCUGCGGAACAGGAGUGUAUCUGCAGGAACACCUCGACGAUACCACCCCCUAGGACUGUUUCCUAUGGACUCUCUGGCUGCUGAGAUUGAGGGGACGAUGAGGAAGGAGCUGAGUCAGGAGUAUCCCGAAAUUGACGAGCAAAAGGUUCAUCAUAAACGCACGUUUGAGAUGGUUAAGAACAUUAACCAAUCAGUGAGGCAGCGCCCGUUGGCCCCACCUCCUUCAACUAACAUCCCAGGGUCCAAUCAGACACUCUCCUCCCUAAGCUCCACCCUCUCUGACAGCAACGGAAACACACCUACUCUCGACAAUCGUGCUCAGAGCAUGUUAUUAGAGGCAGAGUCAACAAACAGCAGUGCGGAUAUCUCUGAGAAGCGCUCCUGUUCCGAGGAUCUGAAGCUGGCUCUGCGGCGUCUCUCUCUGCGGAGGCAGAACUGCCUGAGCGAGCGCCGUUUCUUUGAGGAGGAGCGAGAGAGGCGUCAGCGAGACUCCCCGGGGCUGCAGGACGGAGCUCACCGCUCACGGGGUCUGGUGCCCAGCGAGAGCAUAAUGUCUCUGGGCUCGUGGGCCAGCCGACCCUACCUGCCCGACAAGCUCCAGAUCGUCAAGCCUCUGGAAGGUUCUGCGACUCUGCAGCACUGGCAGCAGUUGGCCCAGCCUAAUCUGGGGGGGAUUCUGGAUGCCCGCCCAGGUGUGGUUCCUAAAGGCUUCCGUCCUCUGGAGCUGGAUCUGGAGGAGGUGUAUCAUUACGCUGACUAUGAGGAGGACGAGCCAGGAGAGCAGUACUUCCAGAAUCUUCCCACCACAACCACAGCCAAUCCCAACGUGCCCCCUGGACUCAGCCGCGCCUCCUCAGCUUCCCCCUCCCCCUGCCUGAGCACAGGCCAUGCCCCCACUGAGCUGUCAGUGUACUAUCCAGGUAAGUGCAUGGCCCACACCAGCUCCACCUACACCUUCACCACCUGCAGGAUCCUCCACCCUUCAGACGAGCUGACCAGAGUCACUCCCAGUCUAAACCCUGCCCCCACCUCCUCCUGCGUGAUGUCAUCCAGCCUUCGCUCCACCCCUGCGGCCACACCUUGCACGCCACGCCGCUUGAGUCUGUCCCAGUCUCAGUCCUUCACCAACCUGCGGGACUCCACCAAGACCUUCAGCACGUCUCUGGGGUUGGUGCGCCUCCUGCAGGAGCGGGGGAUAUCUGCGGCUGUCUACCAGCCCCAGAGCUGGGACAGAGCCAGCGGAGGAGGGGUCCUUUUCUCCACCUCUAUCCUGCCUCAGCCACCUCCUGACCCCCAGAGACCUACCACGCCUCCCAACUCACCCAGCCGCCAGAGCCCCAGCCCCCGCACCUACCCAACAGACGAAGACCCCUCUGCAGCCUUCUCCUUCAAAAGCCCCUCGUACGAGAACUUCCUGGCCUCCAAGCCGGCACGGUCCAUCCUGAAGGAGGUGGUAGGGGCGUCCGGUGCUCAGGCCAGAGACUGCGAGAGCCAGACAGACGUCAGCGUCUACAACCUCAACCUGGUGGAUAAGCUUAGGAGGCUCGGCCUGGCCAGCCCAGGGACCUCCGGGGCAGUAGGGGGUGACGUCACGAGGCCUGACCCCAUUUUGGGACCUCUGGGUGGACUGAGGAGGGCGGGGUCACCUUUUACUCCCCUGAAUGAAGGCAUAAGGCGCAAUCGGAGCUAUCCAGCCGUGGUGGGGGCGAGCAUGGCCAUGAAGGGCCCCGGGCCCCAGGGGGACGAACUGCUCUUGGCCCCGAAGCUGCCCAAGCAGUCCAGCCUCAAUUAACACCGGGUGAUACGACACACCUGCAUUCAUUCUCACACCACUGUAGUGUGUAUUACUCUCUGUAAGCCACACCCACAAAAUUCAUCCUGACUGCUCCACGACAGGGACACAAAUCUAACACUAAUCAUGUUUCUGUAUGGUGAUCAUGGCUGGCAGUUACUGUAUCAUCACCAUAAUCACAGUCAUUUUCCACAGAUAAUAGCUUUCAUAAUCAUAAUCAUAAUCAUAUGCGUUCAUCACGAAAACAGAAUUUAACUGGGCUUGUUCGUUUUCAUCGGUCUGAUGGCAGUGAAUAUGUGAAGGGUUUUAUUCUAAAACAUCUUCCUCUCUUUUUGUAAUCAGACAGCUGAUGGUCAGUGUUGUUGAUUUUCUUAGUGUACAUAAGUUACACGUCUACAGAAAACACACUAAAUUGCCAUUUUUAUGUUAAUUGUAAUAUACAAUUUCUAUUCAUUUGCUGAAAAAAUGAAACUGUGGAGAAUUCUAUAACUACUGCACAGGCCACAGUUAAUGAUUUAUUUGAUUCCCCAAUUUGUUAAAGUCAGUAAAUAAACAGUAAUUGUGUAUCAAAGUCUCUAGAAGUGUCUCUGUAAAUGUGGGACUUAUUCACACUGACCAGGGGGUGCAGAGUUGUUGGGAGGGGCUGUGUAAGUUGUUGGGAGUGAGUGUCACACCGUGAAGAAAUAUCAGUGCUAUUUUUUGAUUCAUUUAAUUUAUUUUAGAAAAAUACUUUUACAAUCUAGGUGUGAAAGCAUCCUGAGACGCGUCCACAACAGCAGAGGUUUUGGCGCUCUGUCACCUGUAGAGGGCAGCACUGAAUGUUUUUUUAUUUCUGUUGCUGCUACGUAUCGACAUCUAAUCGAUAAAUUGCUGUUAUUUGCACAGCGAUUCACCCUCAGCUAAAAUACGGUGAUCGUGAUGACUGAACUGAGACUGCGGCACCAGUUUCAAUGUAGUAAAAACACUUUAUCCUCAUCACUAUUUAUACAGUCCACACUCGGACCGUCUGAUAUUAUACUGUAUACAUUAAUAUCCCCCGAGGGUCUUUACCUCACACAUUCUCAUCCUCACCGUCCAUAUAGAGAAAUAUGAGUUAUUCUGAUCAAUAUCACAGCUGACUUAUUACUAACAGUGUACACAUGCACUCGUACCAUUUUAACACCUUCACUGUAUUAAUAUAUAGAGUCUACAUUCAGAGCAGCAUCAUCACUCAGAGUCACUCUGUAGACUCUGGAGGCUUUAUUAUGAAUUAUUAUGAGAUGAAUUAUGCUUAUUCAGAAUUUCUGCAACACCACUGAACACUACUGUGAACACUGCAUAAAUUAAGUGCUUUAGUUCCAGUUCGUCACUGGAUUAAAGUAGAUCAGUCCUGCAAACGGUGCAGUGGCACGCUGAUCUGUCUGAGUUCACAGUGAUUUACACUGAAAAAAUGACACCUUAGAAAGUGGAAACGUCUUAUACAUAUACAUCCAGCUGAUAUGCCUCAUUAUGUAUUUCUAGGCAUUUUUACUAGUUUUAUGUAAUUGUAUCUGUUCGGUCUGGGAUUUAGAUGAUGUUACUCAGUACGAGGUGAACGCUGUGAUGUGGGUGAUGCUGAAACGCUACGUUUACCUGCAGCUGCGCUGCUGAUGGAAGGAAGCUGAUGUAGAUGUUCACAGUGAUCAUGUAUGACCCUGUUUCCAAAAAAGUUUGGACGCUGUGCAAAGUGUGAAUGUGAUGCAGCUCAGUGGUCCACAUGCUCCGGCCCCAGCUUUUAGAAAAGUGCUGCUGGCAUCAAACUCAAAAUAUAUUUUUUAGAAAUCAAUCAAAUUUCUCAGUUUCAGCUCUUGAUUUGUUGUCUUUGUCCUAUUUUAAGUUCAUUAUAGAGAUUCAUUGAUUUUCAAAUAAUUUAAUUGUGUUUUUAUUUACACUCAGAACAGCAUCCAAACUUUUUUGGAAACAGGGCUGUAGAAUAUGACCUCCACCGCUUUUCCAGAGGAGAUGACUGUAAACUCUCUGUGAUAUUAAUAGUGUACAGUGCAGUAGCAACGCUGUCACAGCUGAGCAGACGCUGCUCAUCCUCUUCAGAUUCUCCACAGAAACACUGAGUUUAGUAAACACACAGGCUCAGUAACGGGUUAUUAUUAACAGCAGAGCGUCGCCACAUCUGUUCACUCGGCCAGACGCUUUGACUGACCCCUCACACUGAUGAUGAUGAUGGACAUACAGAGAGACACAGCUUGAAUUAGGAUUGUUACUGCUGUGUCUGAGUGAAUCCUACAUUUUUAUUAUUAUUAUUAUUAGUGGACGAGGCAGAGAUGCUGCAGAAGGACCUGAGCACGUUUAGUAGAUGCACUUUACAUUAUUUAUUUGUUCAUUUGUUUGUUUGUCAUCACAGAUUAAUAUACAUGUUGUUUUAAAUCCACUAAUUUAAAACGUAGUUAUGAGAUAUGAUAUACAGUGUUAUUUAAACAUUCGUAUUGAUGUUGUUUUUCAGUUCUGGUCUCAGGUAACAGAACAGGGCGGUGGCUAUUCUGAACGGUCAGUAUGCAAUAACAAUCACUGUAAAAUUUGCAAUAAAACAAACAAAAAACAUCUAAACCUG